AUGUCGCAACUCGGAAUGGCCAACACCAUUGCCACUGCUACUGGCGUCCUCGGGUGCGCAUGGUGGGCAGGCGCGGCGGCAUCAUUAUCCAUGUUCAGCAUCCCCGCCAUUCUCCAAACCAGCGCCGAGCCAGGUCAUGCACUGAAGCUGUGGCAACACAUAUUUCUGAACGGCGCGUCGACCGGCCCAAAAGUAGCGCUCGCCGUUACGCUCUCGCUGGCCUACUCUGCAUACGAUCGCUACGACCAGGGUGUUGCGUGGAAGCCGUUUGUUGCCGCUGGAGCUUUGAGUCUCGCCAUCGUGCCCUAUACCAUUAUCUUCAUGUCGUCAACGAACAAUGCGCUCAUGGCCGGUGCACGGGGCAUCGCAACGCUGGGUCUGUCCGAGACCACGGAUUUGUUGAAGAGGUGGCAGGCACUCAACGCCGUGAGAAGCAUCAUUUCCCUUGCGGGCGCCGCUAUCGGUCUGUGGUAUACUGCUUUCCAAUGA